AGUACGAUCUACACUUUGAAUCUAAACGGUCGUCGGGUUCUGUAGCUGGCGCGCGCUUGUUUAUAGCCGCCGGUACUAUCGUCGAUAUCAAACCUGAUCAAUGAACUUGUGUUUUUAUUAUGAAUAAUGUUACUAUAUUAAAAUUACAAUGUUCAUGGCGUCACACGAAACCAUCCCCGUCCAGGUGGGCGAGGAGUUUAGCAGGCCAGUAGAGUCUAUAAUGAGGUGCGAAGACUUCAAGAGUAACUUCGCGAGGAGGCUCUCCAAUCGGUACACCUCUAGAUCUGUAAGCACACCAAAACCUGACACCACUCUGAAGCUUCGUCCUCAAUCCAGAGUAGAGGAGACAGUCAAUACUCCAGAAAGAAUUGAGGCGCACUCUCAACUUUCGAAAAGUAUUAUGGAGAAGAACGGUGAAGCUGUGAAGCUCUUAGACAAGUCACCGAUCAAAUCAGACCCUCACUGCACGGAGGUCACGGCACUCAAUAUGGAGGUUGAUACUCUAAGAUGGCAACUAGCUCAGACAGAAGCAAACCGACAAAUGCAUAUAGCUUUACUUAAGCAAAUAGUGACGUUCCUAAACAGAGUGAGGGAUCAUAUAGAUAAUCAAAUAAACGAGAGUCCAAGGAAGGAGAUGAUGAUGACAAGAAUCACGCCGAGGUCUUUCAACGUUGCAGACUUGCCGCGCUCUAGAUCAGUUCUUCACUUCAAUAAAACUCUGGAAUGUUCGAGUCCAAUGAAAAAGAUCAGCACAAAGAAAAUUAGUAAAUCCAUUAGUAAUGUAAACGGUUACAAGGAUUGCGUCGGUCAUAGGAAUCAGAUAAGAUGUCCGCUCUAUUCAGAAAAUGAGACUGCCCAAAAAAUUUCGGAAGAAACCCUCAGAUUGAUAACUCUUGCCAAUACAGUUCUUAGUACUAAUUUGCCAGAUCUCGCUUGCACAUGCACUGAUAAUGUUGAUGACGGGGCGACUAAGACUACAGAAAUUAAUUUAAUCGAUAAAGAUGGAUUAAGAAACAAUGACUCGAUGAGUUCUUUGGGUCUCAUCGAAGAAAAUACAGCUAAUACAUAUAUAUUGAACACAGACAACGACAGUAAUGACAUCUACGAGAGCAUCAAUGAAAACUUCAUAGAAGGCAAAAAUAGCGCGAUGAAUGAUUUCAUAGUAACACAAUCUCCACUGCAUUGUGGAUUGGAAAAUGAUUUUGCUACUUUUGAAUUGAAUGAAAAAGGGAGACAGAGCACUUUGUCUGAAAAACAUGUUACAGAAACUGUUAAUGGAACAAUACUAAAAAGUACUCACAAUAGGCGGAAUGAAUUCAGUCAUGUAUCCAAUUUCAUCGAAGAUGAGAGCGGGUUUUCCUCUAUGAACUCAUUUCAAGAGAUUGGCAUUCCUAUCAUAAGUAUUAUUCCACCGUCACCAUGUAAAGAAGUGAAUUACAUAGAUGAGAUUCCAGACAUAUUGAAUGAACCAGAAAAGUGGAAAUCUGACACGUUGGAGCUUGAUAAACAAACUGUUAAAGUAUUUUGGGUCUGAGAAUUUUUAUUUUAAACGUACAAAUACAAAACCAGUUCAAACCGUCAUUUUUCACAAUAUAUACGAUAAUUAUUUAAGAGUUAGGAUAUCAGAAUAAGAUAACAUAUUAUUAUUUAUUCAAACUCUUUUCAUAAGUCUACUAACGAUUUCAUGUUGUAAUUCUCAAUGCAAUUUAAAUCAAAUAAAAAUAGUUUGAGAUCGACUA